ACAUGGCUAUCAACGGCUGUCCAAUUUUAUUAUUUCUUAUUUCACUCAGGCUACAAAAACUAUAGAUAGUAAUUUUACAGUUUUUAAGCAAGUAUUGUGAAUAAAAUGUCAAAGGGAAAGAAAGAGGAAUACUCAUGUGAGAUGUACAGCACCAAAUACUUUCAGCUGUGUGCUGCAGGCGGUGCAGCGGCCUGUGGCACCACGCACACCUUCGUCACUCCCCUGGACUUGGUCAAGUGCAGGCUGCAAGUAGACCCGGCCAAAUACAAAUCCAUCUUCAAAGGGUUCGGGGUGUCAUACAGAGAAGGUGGCGCUGCAAACUUAGUCAAAGGCUGGGCGCCUACUCUGAUCGGCUACAGUUUUCAAGGCGCAGCGAAAUUCGCCGGAUACGAGUAUUUCAAAUACAAAUUCGGCACUUUCGUCGACGAGGAAACAGCUUAUUUGUACAGAACCUACAUGUAUUUAGCUGCUUCGGCCUCAGCAGAGCUUGUUGCUGAUGUGUUUCUAGCACCAUUCGAAGCUACCAAAGUAAGGAUGCAGACCACUCCAGGGUAUACGUCACAGAUGAGGAAAGCCAUGCCGCAUAUGUUGGCCACAGAAGGUUUCGGAGUUUUUUAUAAAGGGUUAACGCCGUUGUGGGGGCGCCAAGUCCCUUAUACCAUGAUGAAGUUUUCUUCCUUUGAAAAGACGUUGGAGUAUUUGUAUGCGAAUGUUGUGCCGAAGCCUCGAGAGCAGUGCACGAAGGUCGAGCAGCUUAUUGUGACGUUUUCAGCUGGGUAUAUAGCUGGGGUGCUUUGUGCGAUAGUGUCGCAUCCAGCUGAUACUAUAGUUUCGAAGCUGAACAAGGAUCCGAGCGCAACUAUCGGAAGCAUCAUAGGUGAAGUCGGCAUGGUUGGUAUCUGGAGGGGUCUGGUUGCUCGCAUCAUCAUGAUUGGGACUCUGACCGGUCUGCAGUGGUUUGUGUAUGACGCCUUCAAGGUGUACACGGGCAUGCCUCGGCCGCCACCGGCCGAUAUGCCGGAAUCUUUAAAGAAGAAGCUUGCCAAAAAGUAAUGUUUCGUUUUGUUAGUAUUUAUUGUUUAGUGUUUUAUGUAUAUUUAUGAUUAAAUGAUGCGUUCAGUGAUGGU